AUGCAGUCUCUGUUCCUGGUCUCCUUCCUUCUGAGCUCGGCCUGGGUUUUGGCACUCCCGGACUCGGAUUCGGACGUGGACUUGCCCGUGACUACGCCGUCUGGAAAUGCAACCUCUGAGGAGCCGGAAAUUCCCACUAACUUCUCGCCGUUCGCCUUCCGCGACGGACGGUUUGCCGUGAGCGCCUUCGCCAAGGUGAACUGGUUCCAAGCCCAGGCCACCUGCGCCUCCUAUGGCUACACCCUGGUCAGCCUUAACAUGGAGCAGGACCAACGCGCGCUCCGUACCUUCCUCUUCACCUUUGCCCGUAACCAGCAGGACCUGCUCUACGACCCACUUUGGACGUCCGGCACCGACCUGCCCAACGCCAACAGCUGGGUAUGGUUCAGCAAUGGGCGCGCCCUGAACUACCGCAACUUCCAGAACGGACUCCCAGGAUACUCCAGUGAGAAUCGCAACUGUUUGGCCAUUAAUGGCAUAUCUGGAAUGUGGAUCAACGCUGACUGCAGGGAUCAGCGGUACUUCAUCUGCGAGAAGCGUUGCCUUUUCGACGACGACGUGAAUUAAUUUGUGACCCGAUGGGUUCUCAAAAUUUUCAAAAUAAAAUAUUUUAAAUGA